GAUAACAUCGUGGUUGGACGUGCAAUUCUACGCAGUCCGAAAAGACAGUCAAGGUUUUCAUUAGUUAUAUAUGGAAUAAUAUUAACUCGGAGGGACAGAAGUUUGGUCUGUCAGAACAAUGAAUAGUAUGAAGAAACAAGCUGAAAAGGAUUUUCUGUUUGAAGAUAAUGACUACUUAGCAAAGACAUUGGAGAGCCUGAACAAGUUGCGACGUAACAGGCAGUUUUGUGAUGUCAUUCUGCUAGUUGGAUCAGAACCUGACAUACAUGCAAUCCAUGCACACAGAGCUGUUUUAGCCAGUGCAAGCCCUUAUCUACUGGAUUUAUUUUCCAGUGAACCUCAGGUUGGACCGACUCACAAAUAUAAGUUGAAUGGCGAUCUCAAUGUGGAAGCAUUUGAAUGUCUUGUUGAUUACGCUUAUACUGCCAGAUUGGAAGCACCUCGGGAUAAAGUGAGAGAUAUAUUUAUGACUGCAAAGAAACUGCGAAUGUCAUCUGCAGCAAGUAACUGUGGAAAAUUUCUGGCUAAGAAUUUGAAUCCUGAAAAUUGCAUAAGUAAUACAUAUAUUUUUUUUAUGAAUAAAUUUAUGGAUAAGCUUGUUAACAGUAAGGUAUUGAGAUCUUUGCCAUUGGUACAAGUAGAAUUACUUCAAAACAGCAACAAAGAAAUAGAAGCCACUAAUACCAAACAUUUAUGUAACAUGGUUUUGGAUUGGAUAAAGCAAAUGUUUGAAACUGGAGAAAAUUUUAGCAUUUCAAGAUUAAGUGAAAAGGUUCAUAUGUUGUAUUUAAAUCUGGAUCACACACUUCAUGACUGCAGUGAUAUUGAAACUGGUGAUAGUAAAGAUUCUGAAUUGAUUCAAGACUAUAAGAAAAUGUCACGUAAGAUAUCACCAACAAUGCAUAGAGCUGGAAGUAAAAAAUCCAUUCCUAUUCCAGCAAAACCAGCAGAAUUUUUAUACACUAAAGAUGAAAUUAUAAUUGGCUCACCAUCUGAUCUAGAAAAUAGAGAAGAGAAGGAUUGGAAAGUUAUUGCAACUGUUCAAAAUGGUGAACAUGUGAUUACUGGUUUAGCUGUUGUAGCUAGUAAGUUGAUUGUUUUAUCAGUUGUUCAACGUCUCAACACUCCUUGUAGUAGCCCACCUACUUCAAGAAAUACAUCAGUUGAAAAGGCUGAUACAUAUUCUUUACUUCCACCAAUGAGUUCUGCAAGAUGUGCUGGUGGAACAGCUGAAUUAGAAGGAAAAUUACUUGUGUGUGGUGGAUAUAAUCGUGUAGAAUGCUUGAGAACUGUUGAAUUGUAUGAUCUAGAAAAAAAUACAUGGUCUUUACUUCAAGCAAUGAAUAUUCCUCGUGGAAGAUUUAAUAUUGCUGUUGUUUCGAAUAAAGUUUAUGCUAUUGGAGGAUGUGAUGGUACAAAAGAUUUGAAUUCUGCAGAGAUUUAUGAUCCUAUUAAUAUGAAAUGGAAAUUAGUUCCCUAUUUGCCAAUGGCAAGAUCAAAUGCUGGUGUGUGUAGUUUGGAUGGUAAAAUAUAUUUAAUAGGGGGUAUAAAUGGUCAGAAAGGAGUCACAGAAUGUAAUGUGUUUGAUUCUGCCACAGAAACAUGGAAUACUAUUGCUUCCCUUCUUGUGGGGAGAUAUCAACCUGGUGUUACGGCUCUGAAUGGACAAAUUUAUGCUAUUGGCGGUUGUGAAUCUUGGAGUUGUUUAAAUUCUGUUGAAAAAUAUAAUCCCGACACAGAUACCUGGACUAUGGUUAGCAAUAUGCAUACUGCUCGCCGUGGUUGUGGAGUGGCUGUCUUCAAUGGAAAGAUUUAUGCCGUUGGAGGACAUGAUGGAAUCCAUUCUCUGUGUUCUGUGGAAGUGUAUGACCCUGAGACCAACACCUGGAGCGCAGGACCGUCUCUCACCAGCUGUCGCGCCAACGUCGGGGUGUGUGUGGUUGGAAACCGUCUUUUUGCCAUAGGCGGCUUCAAUGGUAAAGCAUUUUUGAACACUGUCGAAUUUCUCGACAGUAGGACAAACGAGUGGACCACUUUUGUUUCCAAAGAGUUUCCUGAUCAAAACAGUACAAAGGUCAAAGAACAAAACCAGAACGGUGUAUAUGAAUAUGAGAAGAGGCAAACAAACGGAUUCAUCCCUCCCAAUUCCCAACAAAUAAUCUAAACGACCGGAAAGCAGAAUUACUGUUUGGCCGAAAUAUCUUAAAAAUUGUGCCACUUGUCCUUUCCUGUUCAUCUUUUUAGAUCAAAAUAUUUUAUGUAUAGAGUAAUAUUGUGCAAAAAAAAAAAGACAAGAAUUCCUUCCUCACAUUCUAGAGUAGCAUUUACUCUGCGACUCCUUUAAAUAACAAUAGUAUUGAUAACUUAAGCUUGUUUUUAUGUAGUCUGGUGACUUCUGUCAAAUUUCUUUUUGUUUUACAGUAUAACAGAACAAUUCCACACCCUAAUCAAAACUGGUCUAUAUAUUAUAUUAAUAUGUAUAUAAAUAUAUAUCCAUUGGCCCGUGUGAAUUUUUCAAAAGUUUUGCAUAAUACUCUAGUGUUAGGAAUAGGAACUGGGCUUUAGGGAAGUAUGAUGUUUCUUUUCUUAGAUUUUUUUUUUGUUGUUUUGUUUAGUUAACCUCCCAAUGUGACAAUGUUCUGUUGGAGACCUCUGUGAUAUACAUAAACUUGACAGCUGAAUUGUUCUAAAGGGGCCAUCCAAGAAUCUUAUCCUUGUUGUAGUAGUAUAUUGAGCUGUCCUUGACUGAUUCUGGAAUAGUUAAAUUGUCUUGUUAAGAAAAAUAACAGAAUGGGAAUUUAGAACUUAGUGAAAUGAACAUUCCAGUUUUAGUCAGUUUUUUAUAUAUAAAUAAAUAGAUGGAAAAAAAGAAUCAUAAAAAAACCUAGUCAUGAGUUCAUUGUUCUUUGAGAAUUUAGUGCCAUUUGAAACUAAGAUUUAGCAGCAGAUUAACCGAAAGUUCGGCAUGUUAAAGGGUAUAUUAAAAAAAUAAUUACAUAUUCAAACUUUUAAGUCCGUGCAUUUAAUACAGAUGUUUUAAUGAUUUUUAUGCUGGGAUUUAUUUGGGAAGAAAUAUUUAUAUUUAAAAAUAACAUGAAUUUUAAAAGACACUUCAAACAAAACUUAACUCAGAGGAGAUGCUACUCUUAAAAAUUAAAAAAAAAUUAGCUUUUGUGAAAACUUUCUUUUAAAUCCAUUUUUAUAGUAGUAAUUUCCAUUCAGUAUAUUGUUGCAACCCACAAUUUAUUUUCUGUAUAUUAGUCUACUCAAGAGAGUAAUUGACUCUGAUCAUUCCAAAUUCCUCUUCUAGGUGUACGAGAAGAGUAUUCCUCGUAAUUUUGUAGUAUUAAGAUUGAGUUGUAAAUAACUGAAUUCCACUUUUUUUUUUUGUUUUCACCAUAGGUUUUAAUGGGCACUUUAAGAGAUUCAGUGUAAAAACAAUUUAAGGGAAUAUUGUUUUGUAACUUUGUGUUUUGCAAAAGUAAACAAACUCAGAUGCAGGUUCAAAAAAAAAAAAAAAUUGCAUUAUCUGUAAUUCUGAGUUGAAUUUUUAAAUAUU